CGCGACGACCGCACCAUUCUAUUAGGACGACAAAGUUGGCCCGACCUGUGCAGCGAACGUAAAGGUCAACUUCGCUGUUUGCGUACGCGUUUUGAAGGGUGCUAGAGUAAAUUUGAUUUGCAAUUAUAGGCUUGUAGCUGCUGUUUCGCGCGGUAUCAGUCCCUACGGAGGAUGUCCUCUAGAUUAUCGUCGGAGAAAUUUAGUUUCACCAAUUCGAUAAUUACAAGGGAUACUCCUAUACCCAAAUGCGAUACCCUAACGCAUAGAGAGCACGAGCAAGACGAUUUAAAGCCAAAGAAAAGCUGGCGUCGACAGGCUAAUGCAGAUAGCGAUCCGUCUGAGCGUAACUCUUAUACAUCGUCCAAAAAAGGUAAACCUACCGGCGCGAAAGAAAGGUGCGUGGAAGCCGCAAAUGAGCAUACGGACGCAGACUCGACGCGAGAUCGCUACCGCGUAGCGAUUAUUGAAACAGUCAUCAUUGGCGUUGUUGUAUUGUUUUGUCUGACCGGCCUGCUUUCAUCCGUCUAUAUGUUCGCGGUGAGACCACCGAUAGCCAAAUUGGACUCUACAUAUUACGGAGAGACGCCUGAACAUGCUUGGAGAAAAUAUGAAGAGCAGAAACGAGUCGAGGCUGGCGACCUCUGCCAGAAUUUUCCCGGACCAUAUAAAAGAUUCAUACGUUUUAUCAAGAGGCCCUAUCAGGUAAUCGGUGAGCCGUGCGAAAAUUAUUACGAGCUUGUGUGCAGCGGUGUUUGCCAUAUUGUUCCACCAGGGUUAUGCUUCAAGGAAGUCGCCCAAAGAUUCAUGUCAAAUUGUUAUGAAGACCAGCUUGAUUCCGAUACGCUCGAAUUAUGGGCGGAUCUCGACGUGUUCUAUAGGCAAGCGAAUAUACCGAAAGCCGUGCCGUCGCCUUGCAGCAGAGAGAUUGCAAGGGCCUACUCGAAGGAGUUCUCCGUAGUCCACGGGGGAAACAAAACCAUCAAAAGACUACUGCUUGAUCGGGUUAUUUUUUACAUCACAUAUCUCAACUCAAAGGGCGUUUGUGCGGAAGAGCGGUUAAUGCUACAUGAAACCUUUUGUUUGGCGCACUGCUGCUACAAACCUGAUGGGGACAUAUCGGUUGAGAUCGGUCGACUCAUGUGCCAGGCCACCGUAGGCUGGCGGGAUGACUUCACGAACUAUUUUCGUUGUAGGCAGAAUCGUCGUUUAAUCGAGGCUUGCUGGGGAAACUACAUAGAGCCAGCCACAUGCAGGCCUCGUUAAGUGUAUUCUAUCGUGACGAUGUUUCAUAUCGAAUUUAU